AUGAUUGGUCUAGUACUAGUUUCAUCAAUGAAUAUUCAAUUUUCAAUUACAGAACAACAACGUGAAAAUGACCGAGCCCUUCGAAAAGUGGGAAGAGACAUUGAAAGGGAUCGUCAGCAGUUGGAAAGGGAGGAAAAGAAAAUAGAAAUGGAAAUAAAAAAACUAGUCAAAGAAGGUAACAAAGAGGGAUACACAAUUCUAGCCAAACAAUUAGUUCAGUUGAGGAAGCAGAAAAACAGGACGUUUGCAGCUGGCAGCAAGGUGCAAAAUAUUGGCGUAAAGAACAAAGCAAUGGGAGCAAACAUGAAACUGGCAGAAGCGAUGUCAACUACGGCGAAAACCAUGCAAAACAUGAACGACAUCAUGAAACCUGAAAAAAUGGCAGCUGAUAUGUCCAACUUCUCUAAAGCAGCCAUGAAAAUGGACAUGACUGAGGAAAUGAUCAACGAUACGCUAGAUGACAUUCUAGACGAAGAUGGUCUUGAAGAGGAAAGUGAUCACGUGGUUCAACAAGUCUUGGAUGAAAUCGGAAUAGAAAUUUCUGGAAAGGUCAGCGAAGCUCCUUCUGCCAUCAAAGACAGGAUUGGAGCACCCUCCAAAUCACGAGUUCCAGACGAAGAAAUCGAAGCUCAGCUUGCUAAACUGAGAGCCUUAUAGCUCUCUAACACGAAUUUGAAAUUCCAAUUGUUGAUUUUUGUACUAUAUAUUAUUAUCAUAAGAGCUAUUGCCUUACACCACAACAAAUAAUGGUAUUAUCAUUGCUAUAUUAUAUAUUUCUAUGUUUAUUUACAAUUAAUAUUAUGAAUAAAUU